GCUCUCGGCCCGAGAUGAGCAGCCCCGAUGCGGGCUACGCCAGCAGCGACGACCAGGCGCAGGGGCGGUGCUCGCUGCCUACCAUGAUGCCGGCCAUGGGCUCCUGCCCGUGGGCAGAGUCGCUGAGCCCGCUGGGCGAGGGGAAAGCGAAGGGCGAGGCGGCGCCGUCGGGGGCGGCGAGCGGCCGGAGCAAGAGCGAGGCGCGGAUCCGGCGGCCCAUGAACGCCUUCAUGGUGUGGGCGAAGGACGAGCGCAAGCGGCUGGCGCAGCAGAACCCGGACCUGCACAACGCCGAGCUCAGCAAGAUGCUGGGUAAAUCGUGGAAGGCGCUGUCGCUGGCGGAGAAGCGUCCGUUCGUGGAGGAGGCGGAGCGGCUGCGGGUGCAGCACAUGCAGGACCACCCCAACUACAAGUACCGGCCGCGGCGGCGGAAGCAGGUGAAGCGCCUGAAGCGGGUGGAGAGCGGCUUCCUGCAGCACGGCCUGGCGGAGGCGGCGGGGUCCGGGCUGGGCAGCGAGGUCGGCGGCGGCGGUGGCAGGAUGUGCGUGGAGGCCCUAGGCCUGCCCUACGCCGAGCAGGGCUACGCGGCGGCGGCGGCGGCGGGCGCGGGCCACUACCGGGACUGUCCGCCGCUGGGCGCCGGGUUCGACGGCUACAGCCUGCCGACGCCGGACCCGUCGCCGCUGGACGCGGCGGAGAGCGAGGCGCCGUUCUUCGCGGCGGGGCUGCAGGAGGAGUGCGCGCUGGUGCCCUACGGCGACGCCCCGCACCCGGCGGCCGAGUACCCGCCGUCGGCGGCCGAGAGCCCGGCGGGCGCCGCGCUGCGCCGGCACCUGCCGCCCGGCGAGACGCUGGGGCCGGGCGGCUCGCUGCAGGGGCUGCUGGGCUGCCCGGCGCCGCUGCACGCCUACUACGGGCAGGCCUGCCAGCCGCCGGGCCCGGGGCGCGGCCCGCCGGGGGCGGUCGGGCAGCCGUCGCCGCCGCCCGAGGCGGCUCCGUGCCGGGAGCAGCUGGAGCACUUGCCGCAGGAGGAGCUGCUGGGCGAGGUGGACCGCACCGAGUUCGAGCAGUACCUGCGCUUCGCCUGCAAGCCCGAGCUGGGGCUGCCCUUCGCGGGCCACGACGCCGCCGGGCUGCCGGCGCCCGAGGGCGCGGGGCCCAUCUCUUCGGCCGUGUCGGACGCCAGCACCGCCGUCUACUACUGCGGCUACCCCGACGUGUGAGGGACUGGCUCGGGGGCACGCCACGGACUGGGCAGGGUAGGCGCCCGGCCCCGCUCCUAUUUAUGUAAUUUAUUUGAAUCUUGAGAACUGACAGGGUAUCCGUGACCUGCUCGAGGUUUAAAAGGCGACGCGCCAUCUCGCUGUCCAGGUGGUGCAGGUCUUACCAUCGCUGUUCGACAGUGACGUAUAAAACUGUUCCUGCUGUGGAAUCGUGAUACUAGUUACACACGUGGAAUACAAUUUCUGAGAUCUUGUUAGAGAUCCAUAUGCUUUUCUAAUGUUGUACAGAGUGCUGGUUUUUAUAUGUUGGAUUUGUACAGAAUAAUUUUGCACUUUUACAAAUAAAGGGAAAAUAAUAAAACUGGUCGCUGAUAUCUCCUGAAAGAGAUGUUAUCGCCCUUUGUAAUCAAUUAUUAUUGCUUUUUAAACUACUUUUACUAAUGUUGCUUUCACUAAGCAUUAGGUCCUGUCACUCUUUCUGUACACAUGGUCUUCUUCCGUCUCUCCUGUUCAAAUUAUAAACAAAACUUUAAGCGUUCACAAACUGUCUACUCCACACUGUUGUGUUUUUUUCUUUUUUUUUUAAAAAAAACACUUUAUUCGUGAUUUCU